UGCAAAAUGAUGGCCAAGGACAUCGGAUCGGUGGCUGCCGCUGCCCUGCCGACCGCCCUCAUCGACCACGAGUGGUCUGCCGAGGAGGAGCUGCAGCUGUUCCACGCCAUGGAGGGCCUGCGCCCGGUGGGCAUCAACAAGCACUUCUACAUGUCCUGCAUCGCCCAGCGAUUGUCCAAGUCCCUGAACCGCGAGAUGCCCAGCGAGCUGAUCUGGCGCCACCUGGGCACCAUGUACAAGCUGAAGGAGCUGGACGACCUCGAGUCGCUGCCUUUUCCGAAUGAGGAGCGCGAGUUCAGCCUGCCGGAGCAGGAUUACGGAACGCUACAGACCAAAAAGGCCGUGGAGGUGAAUGCCGGCGAGGAGGCUGGCGAGGCACAGCUGGCCUAAGCCCCAGCCACAGAGAGCAAUGGCAAAGCUCCACCUGCUACCAAAGCGCCGGUGCCGGCGAUUCCUGCCAAGGAUUCAGAGAAAAAGGCCGCCUCCAAGCCGCAGGAGCUGCCCAAGCGUCCGGCCAAGCGCACUCGUGGAUCCAUGUCCAAUGAAUCCAUCAGCCCCUCGACCACUCCGCCGCCGGUGCAGAGCAACAAGCGCCGUCGCAUCUAG